UACCUAUAUAUUUACAUCUUUAAAUUUUCAAUCACUUUAAAUUAGUCCACAAACCAAAUCAACUAUAAAACUCUUUUCUGGAAUACACCAGGUCCGCAAGAUUAGUAUAAUACUUGUUCAAUAAACUUUUCACACCAUAUUUUUUGUGGGAUUCGACGAGAUUGGGUUACUAUAUUUGACAACAUCCGCGUUAUACCAUUAAUAGAUGUAAUUUGAGCGUAUCAGGUAUCAAAGCGCAAGAGCAAUCCAAGCUCUCUCAAUCGAUCCUAAGAUUCUUCUUCUUCUUUUAUUUUUCUGUUCUGCAAAAUUUUCAUUUCUUGAUCAAGAUUAAUUCCACUUUCUUGAAACUCGGAAAGGGCUAUCAAUGGUGAAAUCGGUACUGGAACCACCAGUGACACAACUAAUACAACCAAUUCAACGAUUGAUUAAACUCUAGGACAAGGUGUGUUUGUCGAAGCUACUCAUCCUCUCUAUCUUGCUCCGAGUGAUACAAGUUGUAUCUCUCUAAUCUUUUUUCAAUUAACUGGUGAUAACUACUCUUCAUGGAAAAGAAACAUGAAAAUUGCUUUGCUUCCUCGAAAUUAGUUAGGUAUGGUUGAUGGUUCUUGGACAAAGGAUAAGUUUCAUGAAAAAUAUGGACAUCAAUGGGAAAGGUGCAAUGCAAUUGUACUUUAUUGGCUAAUGAAUUCUGUAGCCCCAAGCUUGAGGAAUGGUGUAGGUUAUGCAUCAGAUGCUUUUGAUGUGUGGUCAAAUCUUAAAGAAAGGUUUGAUAAAGUGGAUGGCUCUAGAUCAUUCAAUCUUCAUAGAGAAAUUGCAACUCUUGGUCAAAGAACUUCUUCAAUCUUAGUUUACUAUUCUAGGUUGAAAGAACUUUGGGCUGAAUUUGAAAAUCUUGUUCCACAUCCUGGUUGUAAUUGUCUCGAAUCAAAAGAUUCUUUGAAUUUUUAAUAGAUAAAAAUUGUAUCAAUUUCUUAUGGGACUUAAUGAAACCUAUACUCAAGCUAGGAGUAAUAUUUUGUUGAUGAAUCCCUUACCAUCUGUAGACCAAGCUUAUUCAAUGUUGAUCAGUGAUGAAAGUCAAAAGGCUGUAGCAGCAACUAGUGGUGUUCUUGGAGCACCUCCUGCCUCUAGUGCAGGAAUUUAUGAGUCUACUGCUCUAUACAGUGCUAAACCAAAUGUUAAUGGACAAAAAUUCAAGAAGAGUUACAACCUGUUCUGUGAUGUGUGCAAAAUGAGAAAUCAUAUAAAAGAAAACUGCUAUAAGGUCAUAGGAUAUCCCUCAGACAAGUUCAAGGAAAUAAGGGGGGGGGGGGGGGGGGUGUUCCUUCUUCUGGUGCUUAUAAUGUAUUGGCUGAAAAUCAAUCAAGAGUCCCUUCUUCUGGUGCUUACAAUGUGUUGACUGAAAAUCAAGCAACAAGUUCACAGGGAAUGUCUCAGAAUGGAACUCAGCAGACUGGUACAUUUGGUUCACAAAUUUCAAGACAUCAGGGAAGUCAAAUGCCUUGUUUCUUCACAAAAGAACAGUAUGAUCAGAUAGUUCAAAACUCUUCUAUGGCUAAUGCUGCAGUGCAAUCUCAAGACUAUUCUGAUCAUCCUGGUGAUAACAAUCAUGCACAAAGACAUCAUGAUCAAUCAGUAGCUGAUGUUUUACCUUCUCAACAAACCACUCAAGCAGAGGACGCUUCUAUUCAACAAAAUGCACAACUUGCUACUCAAGCAACUACCUCAGAAGUUCAUACAAGAAGGUCAUCUAGAAUAAAAUCACCACCCUUGAGGAUGAAGGACUUUAUUACUAUUCAAAAACCUACAUCUGAUACAUCUUACAGUUUAGCAAAUCAUAUUUUAUAUGAUCAUCUACUUGCUAACAAUCAAGCAUUCAUUGUUGCUAGUUCUACCGAAGUGGAACCAGCAUUUUAUGCUGAAGUAGUUGCAGAUCCAAGGUGGGUUGAUGCCAUGAAGCAAGAGAUAGAUGCCUUAGAAAGCAACAAAACAUGGGCAAUAAUUGCACUACCUGAAGGAAAAAAACCAGUUGGAUGCAAAUGGGUGUUCAGAAUAAAGUAUAAGGAUACAUGAGAAACUGAAAGGUUUAAAAGCUAGACUAGUAGCUAAGGGAUAUGGUCAACAAGAGGGAAUUGACUACAAGGAAACUUUUUCCCCUGUAGUAAAGAUGGUUACAGUCAGGUCCAUUCUUGCCAUUGUUGCUAUUAGACAUUGGCACAUCCAGCAAAUGGAUGUGUACAAUGCCUUUCUUCAAGGCUACCUAAACGAUGAGAUCUAUAUGGAAUUACCACAAGAAUUUAGAAAUCAGGGGGAGACAAGACCAGUUUGUAGACUUCUUAAAUCCUUUAUGGUCUAAAACAAGCUCCAAGACAGUGGAAUUCAAAGUUUUUGGAAGCUUUCUUCACCUUGAUUUUACUUGGAGUCAGUAUGAUCAUUCACUCUUUAUAAAGAAAGUAGAAAAUGGACUUUUUGUGAUACUUGUCUAUGUUGAUGAUAUACUAGUUACAGGUAGCAGUCUACAAUUGAUCAAAGACACCAAAGCAGCAUUACAUCAAUCCUUCAAAAUGAAAAAUUUAGGAGAAUUAAGAUACUUCCUUGGCAUUGAGUUGGCCAGGUCCAAGUCUGGUAUUUUAAUGCAUCAAGGGAAAUACGCUUUAGAGUUAAUCUCUGAGCUGGGAUUAGGAGCAGCAAAACCAGUUGCUACUCCUCUUGAAGUCAAUGCAAAGUUAACCCCAAAAGAAGUUGAUGAUCUGAUAAAGAGUUCUACAAGUCAGGGGGAGAAUGAUCCAUUGGCAGAUGUUAGUACUUAUCAAAGAAUUAUUGGUAAAUUGCUUUACUUAACUAUAACCAGGCCUGAUAUAGCCUUUAGUGUUCAGAUUUUAAGUCAAUUUCUACAUCAGCCCAAGAAGUCACAUUUAGAUGCUGCUAUGAGAAUAGUGAGAUAUGUCAAAGAUCAGUCAGGGCAUGGAAUUCUUUUGUCAAGUAACAGUCAAGAGCAGGUCUCAGCCUACUGUGAUGGUGAUUGGGCAGCAUGUCCAAACUCAAGGAAAUCUGUAACAGGUUUUUUAGUGAAGCUAGGUGAUUCCUUAAUUUCCUGGAAAUCAAAAAAGCAAAGUACAGUUUCAAGGAGUUCAAAGUUGAGUAUAGAAGCCUAGCCUCAAUAGUUGCUGACUUAACUUGGAUUCUGGAAUUGUUCAAAGAAAUUGGAGUUCAAGUCACAUUACCAGUUCAAGCUCAUAUUGAUAGAAAAGCAGCAAUGCAAAUUGCUGCAAAUCCGGUGUUCCAUGAAGGAACAAAACACAUUGAAAUAGAUUGCCACUUUGUAAGAGAAAAAAUUCAGAAAGGAAUGAUCAAGACACAGUAUGUACCAACAAGAGAUCAACAAGCAGACUUAUUGACCAAAGGCCUUAACAAGUUUCAGCAUCAGUACUUGUGUUCCAAGCUAGGGGUACUUAAUGUUUUUCACCACCUAGCUUGAGGGGGAGUAUUGAGAGAAAUGUAAUGUAGACUAGAGGGUAGAUUAGCCAUUUUAUAUGUUCAGUUAGUUAGUUAACUAAUCCUGAAAUUAGUUACACUUAACAGUUAGUUAGUUGUAGUAUAUAUACUGUAUAUCACAGCUUUAUACGAUCAGUUAGAUGAGUACACAUUUUACUCU